AUGCCUACCCUAAAGUCCAGACGUAUGAGCAAUGCAGGUGCCGGAUUGGCAGCGGAUGGCAUGCCUAGCUUUGCAUUUGCAUUCGAUAUCGAUGGAGUUCUCCUCCGCUCCUCCCAACCUAUUCCAGGCGCUCCGGAAGCGCUCGAAUAUCUUCAUGAUAACAACAUUCCUUUCAUUCUCUUGACCAACGGAGGUGGAAAACACGAGAGUGCGCGAGUCGCUGAGUUGAGCAAGAAGCUGGGCGUCCCUCUGACCGAAGAGAAUUUUGUUCAGUCCCACACGCCGUUCAAGCAAUUGGUUGAGGGUUCGGAUACUGUGGAUGCGUUGGAAGACAAGACCAUUCUAGUCACGGGCGGUGAUGGGGACAAGUGCCGACGGGUUGCGGAACAAUAUGGCUUCAAAAAUGUUGUUACUCCUGGAGAUAUUCUCAUGGCAUACCCAAGCAUUUGGCCUUUCAACCAAAUAUUUUCCGACUACUACCAAAACAAUACCCGACCUCUUCCAAAACCUGUCGACUUUCGAAACCCGGAUAAAUCUCUAAAAAUUGAUGCAGUAUUCGUAUUCAACGAUCCUCGAGACUGGGCAUUGGAUUCGCAGAUUAUACUUGAUCUGCUAUUGUCAAAAGAUGGGGUUUUGGGCACUUAUUCUGAUAAAAAUGGCGAUUCUUCCCUUCCAAACAACGGCUGGCUCCAGGAUGGACAACCAAUGCUUUUCUUCUCGAAUCCUGACUUAUUUUGGGCGACGGAUCAUCACCUUCCACGUCUCGGUCAAGGUGGAUUCCAAGCUUCGUUGCAGGGUGUAUGGGAUGCCACCACCAAAGGAGCUGCAUUGUCCAAAACUAUUAUUGGAAAGCCUCAUGCAGCAACGUACAAAUAUGCCGAGAACGUUUUGCAAAAACAUCGGGCUGAUUUGCUGGGUGGCGUGGACCGUAUGAAGCGAGAUGUGACCAAGCUUGAUCGUGUUUUCAUGGUCGGCGACAAUCCUGAAAGUGACAUUCGGGGUGCAAACGAAUACGAGAGUACUGAUGGAACAGAGUGGACUAGUGUUCUUGUUAAAACAGGUGUCUUCAGGGAGGGCACUGAACCAGCUUACAAGCCCGAUGUCAUUGUCAAAGAUGUUUUCGAUGCUGUCAAAUGGGCGCUGAAGCAAGAGGGUUGGAAAAGGCAUAUCGACUAG